UUGGCGCCCCCCAGUGGUAGCUAGAGGUAAUUCAUUUAGGAUCAGGUGGAAAGUCAGCUGAUUCCACCACAAUCAGGAAGGGGAAGUUACAGUUCAACAAACUAGUCAUGUAAAAAUAGCAAACUCAUUUGUUCAUUCAGGUUUUUUAUUUAAGAAGAAAAGGCUUCAGACUCAAAAGAUGUUCGGUGGAGACGAUGAAGAUGGAGACUUCCUGUCUCCAUCAAGAGGGGCCAAGUUGGCCUCUCUGUUUGGACUAGACCAGGAAGCCAGUCAGGGGAACGAGUCAUUUCAGUACACUGCACCCAAACAGCCCAGAAAGAGCUCCCAUCCAGCACCAGCCACCCAGAAACUAGCUCCAUCACCUGGAGCUCCAGCAGUCUUAUUCGCCACAGCAGUCCAAGCCUUCAGAUAUAUUAACGGACAGUAUGUGAAGCAGGGAAAGCUCGGAGCAGCUGCACUGGGCAACCAUACAACAAAAGAGUACAAGCUGCUUCUGUACUUGAGCCAACAGAAACAAGUGACCACUGCCAAAAUUCAUAUGGGCUUUGUUUUCACAGUACAACCAAACAAUUACUGCACUUUUUAUGAUGACCAGAGGCAGAACUGGUCCCUGAUGUUUGAAUCAGAGAAAGUUUCAUCCCACUUCUGCAAAGAGGUAUGUUUGGCAAAAGCGAACAGCGCAGCUUCCUUAGAUGCUGUGGUGGUUCAGGAUCUGAGUCUUGGGGAGGGCCAGGGGGUGGAGAAUGGAGACUCUCUGGAGGUGGUGUACAUAGGCUGGCUCCUGCAGAACCAUACCAUUGGCCAGAUGUUUGACUCCAACCAGAACAAAGACAAGUUGCUACGAUUGAAACUUGGAACUGGAAAAGUGAUCAAAGGCUGGGAGGAAGGGAUGCUGGGGAUGAUGAAGGCAGGACGUCGUCUCAUUGUCAUCCCGCCCAACCUAGCUUACGGAUCCAAGGGAGUCCCCGACCGCAUCCCGGCUAACAGCACUCUUAUUUUUGAAGCAGAACUUCGGCGGGUGAAGUUUUCCAAGGACAGUAUCUCUGAUCGGGCCAGUGCCAGCUCCAGAGACUCUGCUGCUCCCUCCCCUGCUCCUUCCCCAGGACCAAGUGUGGAGAAUCUGACCCCAGAGCCUGCAGUACAGAUGACUGUCCCAGGGCCAGGCAGACCAGUGGAACCACCACUUCGUGCAAAAUCAAACUCUCUCAGUGAACAGCUGGCAAAUCCAGAUGCCACUAAAGCCAAGCUGAUCUCCCGCAUGGCAAAGAUGGGCCAGCCCAUGUUGCCCUUUCUGACAGGAGUGGCCAGCCAGCCUGAAUCCAGUGACUCUGAGCUUGAGGACACCAGUGGUAGUAGAGUGAAGGAUCGGCCUGUAGCUUCAUCUCCUGUGCAGAUCUCCACUGCUGCUCCAGCUUCAGCAUACGUACAUCCUCAUCCACACACUGCUCCACCCUCUACCUUACUUCCUGUUAUGACAACUGUAGCCCCACAGCCUGGGCUACCAGGGAGCAGCCAUGCCUUUCAGCCUUACUCCUACACACAGACCUCUUUGGCUCCGUCUCUGCUGCAGCCUGUUGGCCAGGUCUACCCUGCACAAACUGUCCCUUAUAUGGGCUCUAGUGAUGUAACUUCCUUCUUGAUGACUGAGGCACGUCAACACAACACAGAAAUCCGGUUAGCUGUUGGAAAAGUAGCAGAUAAAGUGGAUCAACUGGCCACAAAGAUAGAUGACCUUCAAAGGCAGGGAAGUCAUUCCACGGAUGUGUCUAGUAUGUCGAUGGAAACCUCCAUGAUCAUGCACAACAUCCAAAGAAUUGUGCAGGAAAAUGAAUGUUUAAAAAAGGAAGUCUUUGAAAAAAGCUCUCGCAUUGAGGAGCAAAACCGUAAGAUCGGGGAUCUCAUCAACCAGAACCAGAGGCACAUGGAGCAGAGUAACCUACUGUUGGAAAAGAGAAACGACUCCCUUAAGUCAUCCAGUGAACAGAGCCAGACCAGACUACUACAGGCUGAGCAGGAUAAGCAUGCAAUGCCUCAGGACCUGGGUUCUGGCCAGGUUCGUCUGACGGAGGAUCUGGCUUCAUCCACAGCCCGGCUGUCUCAGCUGCAGCUGGAAGCUUCAGCUCACCAGCAGAAGGCUGUGGAGCUGCAGAGUAAACUGAGCUCAGUGAUGCAGGACAAUGAGAUCCACUGCCAACAUAUCGCUUCCCUGGAAACACAGCUGGAAGAACUGAAGGAGACAGCAGAGAGCGCUCAGGCCCAGUAUCGCUCAGAGAAGCAAAGACGCAAAGAGAUGGAACAGAGAGUCAACAACAUGGAGGAGGAAUUGCAGGACCUGAAGACCGAUAAAGAGGGCCUAGAACGAACACUUUUGGAAAGGAAGAAAAAGUGGCAGGCUGAUCGCCAGUGUCGGGACGAGGAAGUGGAAGAGCUCCGCGAGACCAGCCAGCAGGAGUUGGACAACCUCCGAGCUCAGCUUCGCAAGGCCAGGACCAGCACUGACAACGCUGCAUCUGAACAGUUGUCUCAACUGCAGGCAGAGCUUGAGGAGGACUGGAAGGGGAAGUGCGAACAGAUGUUGGCCUCUGCUAAAGAGCAGCACAGGAGAGAGCUAGUUGAACUAACAGAGCAGAGAGACGCUCUGCAGGACAAGCUAACACAGCUACAGGAAAAGUACACGGCCUUGGAGCAGCAAGGAGCAGCUGGAAGGGAGAAGCUUGAGAGAAGAGCGGCUGAACUGGAGAAGAAACUGGUACAGCAGGAGAGUCCAGGAGACACUGCAGCAGAGGUGAAGCGUGUGAUGAACGGAGUGUUUCAUUCUCUGCGAGGGGAGUUUGACCUCAAUGAAUCUUACACUGGCCAGGCUGUGCUGGGGGUGAUUGUUACUACCAUUAAGAAUGUAACUCUGCAACUGCUCAGUGGCACAGACAGAUCUUCCUUCCUUCCUAAGAAGGAAGAGAAAGCAAAGGAUCAGGAGGAAGAAGAAAGUGAUGAUGUGAAAGAAAGAGAGGAGAAACCCCAUCAGAAUGUACAUGUGAAUGGAGAGAGACAAAUCAAAGAGGAAGAAAAGGAGGAGGAAGAACAUAUGGCUGAACUGGAUUCUCACCAAAUCAGUGAGAACCAGAUGAAUCAGGAAGUAGCAGCAGUGAAGGAGAUUGAGACAGUAACUGAGUCAAAGACACAAAGCCAGGCAGAGGCAUUACAGGCCACUGAUCUCCAUCCAGUUUCAUCCACUGAACGGAAAACACACGAGAAAGCAGCAGAGUCUGAAGUACAGCAGGAGCAGGGAGAACACUCUGUUCCCGAAACCACUAAAGAGACAAAAGACACCAACAAGUCUGCAGAUCCAGAUGAUGGACCUGAUGAGAGUUCACCACCUGAGGAUGGACAGGAAACUGUGUCAGAAAGAAAUGCUGCAGUGAGCAGUGAGGUGGACGAAGAGACCUUGGACAAUGGAGAGCAUGUAGGAGGAUUGAAUGCCGCCUCUCAGAAAGCUUUUGGACCCCCAGCAAACCCACCUCCACCACCGAAUGUACUUCAGAACAGCUCAGGAGAAGACACACGUCUGACUGGGGGAAUUGGUGAGGAAAAUGGAAAGGAGCCAUUUUUCCAGAUCACAACUCCUACAAACCCCCCCACAGUACCCAGUGAGGAGGAGGAGGAGGAUGAGAUGAGCUUGAAGGGGCAUCCACCACCUGCCCCUCUGUUUGGUGAUGAUGAGGAAGACGAUGAUCUAGACUGGCUGAACUGAGAUGGAACCAGAGUGAUAUAAUUCUGCGUCCUAAUUUUCAACUCCAAAAACAGACGCAAGGUGCUUUACCUGCUGUUUCUGCCUGGUGGAGCAGUGAGGACAACGAGAAGCCUCUGCUGAUGAAUUUGGGUGGACAGAGCAGCCUGGCUCUUCACCUCCAUGUUGUUUUGCUGACUCACACGUGCUUCCACAGAAUUCUGGAGAACAAAGCUACAAUCUGAGGCUCUGAGUCUGGUUGAAAUAACAAGCCUGUAAUUUACAGAGGAAUCGAAACUUUGAAACUUACUUUUCAUUAAUUAUGUGCUAUCUGUUGGUGAUGCAAUUUAAUACCAAAUUUUACAUGUCACAGUAGCAGAUUAGUAUGUUGAAUCAGCAGUAACCCAAUUUCAGUGGUUUUAGACUGUACCGUGGUUUUUAAUUAUUAGCUUUCUGCUUUAAGAAUGAACUUUUACACAAUUUUGCUAACCUGAAAUUCAUUCAAAAAAUAAAUGAAAUGGAAAAUAUGGCCUUUAUCUCUUGUCUUGCUGUUUUGUUGUGCGUAUUGAAUCAGUUUUGCAGUGGUUCAUCAUUUCUGUUAAAUUUAGCAUUUAGUCUCCAUACAGUAUUUCAGGGAUUUUUGGAAUAAAUGAGCUUGGUGCUUGUGCAUUAAAUUGUCCUUAAAUAUUGUAUAUUGAAUUUGAUCUCAGUCUUUUGACUACAAAACAAAGUGUGUACGUUGGUCAAUUGUUAUUAAUUAAAUAGUUUAUAAAAUA